AUUUUUGCAAGAAAUGGUGAGUAUAUUAGAACCAAUUAAAAGAAUAACUCGACAUUUAUGUGGAGCUAAAUAUCUAAUGCUUAAUCUUGUUUAUCCAUAUAUAGAAUUGCUUAAGAAUAAAUUUGCACCAGAGACAGAUAAGACAAUUGACACAUAUUUAGAUCUUAUUUAUAGUGAGAAAGAUGAAAAUAAUGAUGAAAGUGAUGAAAUAACUGAUAAUGAUGAUAUUCCUACUGCUGAUACUCAUUGA